GUUUAUCCAGUUAACGCACAUCUGAUACAACAGUCUGGAUGAGACGAAUGCGGAUGCAUGCCGUCAAGUGAAAUAGCCUUUAUACACCAAAGGACCUUGGAAAACUCACGUUCAAAAGGGUUGUUUUGAAGUGCAGCUCUUUAGGUUUUGCGUGUUCCAAAUUACCCUUAAAUCAGCAUGUCAUUAUCGGGAAAAGUUGCACUGAUUACUGGAGCAGCGCAAGGUUUAGGAAAAGCUUUCUCGGAAGUCCUGUUGAAGCGAGGAGCGAACGUUUGUGUGGCCGAUAUCAAAGUCCAAACAGGGGAGGCAACUGUGUCGUCUUUCCAACAACAGUACAGCAGAGACAGGGCUUUCUUCUUUAAGUGUGACGUGACGCGCGAGAAUGACAUCAAAGCCACAUUUGAUGCAGUGAAGAAACAGUAUGGGCAGCUAGACAUGGUGGUAAACAAUGCUGGCAUAGCUGAUGAAGGCGCAUGGAAUAAAAUGAUUGAUAUCAAUCUGAAGGGUGUUGUCAUGGGGUCCCAGUAUGCAGUGGAAGCUCUGAGACGUGACAAGGGAGGAAAUGGAGGCCUCAUCAUAAACGUCUCAUCUGCUGCAGGUCUCUCGCCUGUGUAUGUCACACCAGUUUAUGCGGCUUCCAAAUUCGGAGUUGUUGGUUACACACGAAGCUGGGCGGCCAAUCCUCAUUUGGGAUCAAUGGGUCUAAGCUUCUGCUGCAUGUGUCCAACGUUUGCGGAGACUGACAUAAUGAAAGGAAUUGACGAUGGCAGCAAGUCUCUGUAUGCUGAUGAUGCACAAGAGCUGGUGAAGAUGCUGGGCAUAAUGUCAGUGAAAGAGGUGGUUGAUGCCUUUGAACAACUUCUGGACCUCCCUGAUAAGAAUGGUGUAGUUGUUACAGUUACUAAGAGAGAUGGAAUACACAUAAAAAGACCAGAUAUGAAAAAUAAGCUAUGAUCACCUAUCAGUGUACCUUAUAGGGCUGGGACGAGUCCAAAUUUACUACCCGGGUACCCACCACGCUAUUACCCGACGCUACUUGGAUACCUGCUCUAUGUCUCAAGACUUGGGUGUAAAAGUCCGAUUGGGAAUAGUUUGACUGUAGCCCUGGUAAAAUGUAUUUAGAUACACGUAUAAAACGAUCUGGUCAUGCAUGCACUGAAGUUGACUGAAGUUUUAUCUUUUUUCAAACCUAUAAAGGUCAGAAGGAAUGGGUGCAUAGUCAGAAAGAAAUGCGAACAAUAGUGACUUGCAGUGUAACCAUAGAGUUUUAGAUUUUUUUUGUCAAUUAACAAUAUAUCCCGUGACUAACCACAGGUGCGGGUAGUCCUGUGGGUACCCAGGUCCUACUCAGUACCCACCCGACCCAGGUGCCCGAGUUACCCGUCCCAGCCCUAGUACCUUAUAUAUAUAUAUAUAUAUAUAUAUAUAUAUAUAUAUAACACAAUAGGAUAGCCCAUCAUCAUCAAGCAUUUCAAAUGUGUUACCACAAUGAGAUAGAUGAACACUAAUAUUUGUCGUCCCAUGUCUUUCUAAUAACAUAAUAAUGUGAAAACGGAACAAAAUUUUCAGACGAUCACCACAUCUUGCUCGCAAUCCAUGCAAGCCAAGUAUUACUCUGCCAAUUUGGCACCAAAUCAUUGCACAGGUUUGUCACAUGACUCAUAUUACUACAGUUAAUCUGACAUGACAUAGUACUAGGAAAGAACCAGGGCCCGCUUGCACAAAGCGAUCUUAGCGCUAAGAUGAUCGUAACUCCCAUACUUUAACAUAGGCUUACAAUAGUCGUAACACUAAGAUCGCUUUGUGCAAGUGAGCCCAGGUGUUCUUCAGAUUGGUAUAUAGAGUAUACAAAGUAUAGAUAGCAUUAGACAGAAUAUCUACUGGUGUAGAGAUUUAACAUUCGCAGUUAGUUUUUUUUGUAUCUUAAAUAAGCAGAUGGUUGACAAUAAAUUAUUCAUAUUUUUGCA